UUUGCUUCAACAUCCAGUAAAGACAGCAUUUGUGAAACAGCUUCUGGAGACCUUAUCAUCAACCACCAGAACAACAAUGGAUUCUUCCAGUUGCUCUUCCAGUGCUACCGUUUGUGAAGGUGAUUCCUGUGUGUUGCCUAAGAGUGAUAACACAGUCCUAAGUACCAUCCUGAGUACUGUUCUUACCAUCUUGUUGGCUCUUGUGAUGUUUUCCAUGGGUUGCAAUGUGGAAGUAAUGAAAUUUUGGGCUCACAUAAAGAAACCAUGGGGCAUAUUUGUGGGCUUCCUUUGUCAGUUUGGAAUUAUGCCCCUCUCAGGCUUUAUCCUCUCAGUGGCCUUUGACAUCCUUCCUAUCCAGGCUGUUGCAGUACUCAUCAUGGGCUGUUGUCCAGGAGGAACAGCUUCCAAUAUUUUGACUUACUGGACUGAUGGUGACAUGGACUUGAGUAUCAGCAUGACAACAUGUUCCACACUGCUCGCCUUGGGAAUGAUGCCUCUUUGUCUCUAUAUUUAUACAAAAAUGUGGACAGAUACUGGGGCGAUUAAAAUUCCCUAUGAUAGUUUAGGUACUACUUUAGUUGCUCUCAUCAUUCCCAUUUCUGUGGGAAUACUUGUCAAAAACAAAUGGCCGAAGCAAGCCAGGAUCAUACUUAGGGUUGGUUCCAUUUUAGGUGUAUUCUUCAUAGUGGUCACAGCUGUGAUUGGAGGCGUAUUGUACCAGGGUUCCUGGAUUAUUCAUCCUAAUUUGUGGGUUAUAGGAACAUUGUUUCCUUUAAUUGGCUAUUCGUUGGGCUUCUGCCUGGCUCGGAUUGCUGGUCUAAGUUGGCACAGAUGUCGUACGGUGUCUUUGGAAACAGGAAUGCAGAACGCUCAGCUGUGCUCAACGAUAGUACAGCUAUCCUUCACCGCUGAAGAGCUUAAUCAGAUGUUUACCUUUCCACUCAUCUACAGUAUUUUCCAACUUGCAUUAGGAGGAAUAUUCGUGGGAAUCUAUGUCUUAUACAGGAAGUGCUCUGACAAAAAUAGGGCAGAAUUUGCAGAGAAUGGCCCGAAUAUAGAAAAGUCUGAGCCACCUAAUUAUAAGGAGAAUGGAGGAUUUUCUCUGCAAGAAGACUAG